ACUCAGAGAGGUCAGGACAGUCCCUCAGAGUCCCUGAGCCGCACACCAUGGCGCAGGUCGGCGGCCUGGGGCUACCUGGCUGCCUGGUCCUGGCCGCCCUGUGCGGUCUCCUGCACAGUCAACAUGACUUCCGCAGUCCCAGACAUAGCAGGGCUAGGCAGGCCGCGUGGGCGCGCGCCAACAGCGGCUUCCUGGAGGAGGUGCGCGAGGGCAACCUGGAGCGGGAGUGCGUGGAGGAGCUGUGCAGCUACGAGGAGGCCUUCGAGGCCCUGGAGUCGCCCAGCGCCACGGAUCUUUUCUGGGCCAAGUACACAGUUUGUGAGUCAGCGAGGAAACCUCGGGAUAAGCACAGCGCGUGCCUGGAAGGUAACUGUGCCGAGGGUCUGGGUAUGAACUACCGGGGGACGGUGAAUGUCACCCGGUCGGGCAUCGAGUGCCAGCUCUGGAAGAGUCGCUACCCACACAAGCCUGAAAUCAACUCCACCACCCACCCCGGGGCCGACCUGCAGGAGAACUUCUGUCGCAACCCGGAUAGCAGCACCACGGGACCCUGGUGCUAGAACCCCACGGUGCGGAGGGAGGAAUGCAACGUCCCUGUCUGUGGCCAGGAACAUGUCACUGUGGAGAUGACCCCACGCUCCGGAGGCUCCAGGGUGAACCUGCCACCGUCCUCGGAGCCGUGUGUGCCCGACCGUGGCCGGCAGUACCAGGGACGCCUGGCAGUGACCACACAAGGGUCCCCUUGCCUGGCCUGGGCCAGCGUGGAGGCCAAGGCUCUGAGUAAGGACCAGGACUUCAACCCCGCGGUGCCGCUGGUGGAGAACUUCUGCCGAAACCCAGACGGGGAUGAGGAGGGCGCGUGGUGCUACGUGGCUGGGGCCCCUGGCGACUUUGAGUACUGCGACCUCAAGUAUUGCGAGGAGGCCCUGGAGGAGGAGGAGGAGGCAGGAGAUGGGCUGGAGGAAGACCCAGACCAAGCCAUCGAAGGACGCACCAGCACCCAGGAGUUCCAGCCCUUCUUCAAUGAGAAGACCUUUGGAGCUGGGGAGGCAGACUGUGGGCUGCGGCCUCUCUUCGAGAAGAAGUCGUUGGAGGACUCGACAGAGAAGGAGCUUCUUGACUCCUACAUUGCUGGGCGCAUCGUGAAGGGCCGGGAGGCAGAGGUUGGCAGUGCGCCUUGGCAGGUGAUGCUUUUCCGGAAGCAUCCUCAGGAGCUGCUGUGCGGGGCCAGCCUCCUCAGUGACCGCUGGAUCCUCACUGCCGCCCACUGCCUCCUGUACCCGCCCUGGGACAAGAACUUCACCGAGAACGAGCUUCUGGUGCGCAUCGGCAAGCACUCCCGCAACAGGUACGAGCGGAACAUCGAGAAGAUCGCCAUGCUGGAGAAGAUCUACAUCCAUCCCAGGUACAACUGGCGUGAGAACCUGGACCGGGACAUCGCUCUGCUGAAGCUCAAGAACCCCAUCACCUUCAGCGACCGCAUCCACCCCGUGUGCCUGCCCGAUAAGGAGACGGCGGUCAGGUUGCUCGUCUCUGGAUACAAGGGGCGGGUGACGGGCUGGGGCAACCUGAAGGAGACGUGGAUAGCCAGCGUGGACGAGGUGCAGCCCAACGCCCUGCAGGUGGUCAAUCUGCCCAUCGUCGAGCGACCGGUCUGCAAGGCCUCCACCCGCAUCCGCAUCACCGACAACAUGUUCUGUGCCGGCUACAAACCCGAAGAACAGAAGCGAGGGGAUGCUUGCGAAGGCGACAGUGGGGGACCCUUUGUCAUGAAGAGUCCCUUUAACAAACGCUGGUAUCAAAUGGGGAUCGUGUCAUGGGGCGAAGGCUGCGACCGGGACGGGAAGUACGGCUUCUACACACACGUGCUCCGCCUGAAGAAGUGGAUCCAGAAGGUCAUCGAGCGGGCUGGAGCGUAGGCAGCCUUGUCUGUCCCCCUCACUGCCAGGCCACGGCCCCCGGCCGGCAGAGCGUCCGUUUGUCCCUGAAACCGAAGCCCCAAUAAAAGCGAGCGGAGCCUCUGCCGCAGCCGGU